GUACAAAGGUGGAGACAUGGGAGGCUGGUUGGGUCUCGCCCCCCAAAAAAUAUUAGUGAUGUGUAUACAUAUCACAUACGAGUAUGUAUAAAUAUUUAGGAUGUUUUCUUUUGGACUGUUUUCAGUCGCAGACCGACCAGACUUUCGUAAUUAUAAAAUACACAGAGACCAGACAAGAUCAAACCAGACCAAACCAGACUAGACCAGACUAGAUCAGACCAGACCAAAUAUUAGUUAUUUUAGUGUCGGCUUCCUGAUUAGCCAUAUCACGCUCUGCCAAUGGUGGGGCAGGGUAAGGAAUAACCCUUGACUAGAUGUGUUGUUGUGAUUUGUGAACCAGUCUAGUAGAUGCCAAUUGUGUACUUGACACACUAUGAGAAUGGGUACAUAAGUAAAUUAACUUAACGUACUCUGUACUUGACACACUAUGCCCGUGAACAUUUGGUGCGAAGCUUUUUGUGUACUUGGCUUCACUUUAUGUUUUCUUUCUCAUAUGAAUUAGGAAUGGCACGAAAAUCAUGUUCACUUCUUCUUUGACCCAAUCUUCUUGCUCAUUAUACCACUUAAUUUAUAUACAUAAGUCACACACAAUUAAUUACUCAUCCAAAUAUCAAGGCUAGCAAAGUAUGGUGUCCACGAAAACCAUUCUACAAGCCGCGGCAUCAGUGGCGGCAUCGGCGAUGAUGGCCCGGAACAUAUUGCCCUACGAACUCCAGAACCGUGUCCGGUCAAGCGUCAUCAACGUCCUCCUCAAGUUCUUCUCUCCCACCAUGGAACUAGUCAUCCAAGAGCGGACUGACGGUGGCAAAAACCAAAUGUACGAGGCGGCUGAGUCGUAUCUCGGGAGGCGGCACGGCCUGUCCGACUCAUCCGCCUCAUACCGCUUACGCGUCGUCCUCCCACAGGACGAGGCUAAGAUCUCUACCACCAUAGACCAAGGCGAGCAAGUCGUUGACCGUUUCAACGGCGUCUCGUUCACGUGGACUAAAGUCACUGCAAAGCGAAGGAAUGGCGAUCUCCCUCGCUUUGAAGACUACUCAUCGGCUUCCUUCACCCUCACCUUUCACAAGAAACACAAGAAGAUGGUGUUUGACGCCUACUUCCCUUUCAUAUUGGCCGAGUCAGUCAAAGGCAAACUCGAGCAAAAGACUCCCAAGCUCUUCUCCAUGAGACUAGAUCAUGGAUUGGGCUACUCUUAUAAUAGUCGUUCUGAUCAUAAUAAGUGGAAGUUCGUCAAGCUUGACCAUCCUUCCACCUUUCAGACACUAGCUAUGGAUACCGAGUUGAAGACAUCCAUUAUGGAAGAUCUUGAUAGGUUUGUGAGGAGAAGAGAGUAUUAUAGGAAAGUUGGAAAGGCUUGGAAAAGAGGGUAUCUGCUUUACGGCCCACCAGGAACGGGAAAAUCAAGCUUGAUAGCAGCCAUAGCUAACUACCUCGAGUUUGACAUAUAUGAUCUCGAGCUGAUCGACUGGUGUCUUUAGCAAUUCUGAUUUGAAAAGCAUUCUUCUCUCAACAGGGAACAGAUCUAUACUAGUUGUGGAAGACAUUGAUUGCAGUCUUGACAUCACUGACCGAAUCACAAACAAACUAGCUCUCUCUAACCCUGCCAAAAAGUCAUCAAAAGACAGAAAUAGAUUCAAAACCUGUUGGAGAAGGCAAAGGUGACCCCUGCCGAGGUGGGUGAGCACUUGCUGAGGAAUGAAAACCCUGAUCACGCCCUCGUAAGUGUUGUUGACCUUCUCAAAACGAAAAUAGCCGAAGAAAAUGAUAAUGAAAACCCUAAUUAACCACACCUAGGAAGGGUGAGGCAGCUAUGGAACCCUUGUUACUUUCUGAUGACGACUCCCAUGAUCCCAUUAAUCAUUGUUAAGCAUGCUUUGUUUUAGUUUUAAUAUAAUACUUGGUGUACUCAUGUUUUUGUGAAUUGAUUCUCUUGUAGUACGUUGUUAAUGACAUGCUAUUGAUUAAUCAACUUAUUAGUUGAUUGCGGGUUUUAAUU